UCUCUGUCUCUCUCUAGAUACAUAUAGAUAUUUACUUAUAUAGAGAGAUAAAAAUAUGGGAUCCGCAUAAGAGAAGUUGGUUCCAGAAUUCUGCAAUAAGAGAAGGUUUACUUACCGAGCUUUCAGGUGAUGAUUGGUACUGUCUCUAGAUUAUUUGAUGCGACCCAAUCUGAUAAAGUGAAGUUUUUUUAGAGAUCCAUUUUUGUAAAGAUUUGAUCUUGAUUAGGAUUUAAGUGGUUUAGACUUUAGAGUGAGGAGGAUUUUCAGGAUCGCUUGCUGGGUUGUUUGAAAAUGGCUGCUUAUACAGAAGGUGGAGCAUAUGCAUAUCUAGUGUAUGCUAUUUUGCCACUGUUGAAACUUAUUUGUUUGACAGUAAUUGGUCUAAUUCUGGCCCACCCAAAGACCAAAAUUGUUCCCAAAGCUACUUUCAAGCUUCUCUGCAAGCUUGUCUUUGCUCUAUUCUUGCCUUGUACCAUAUUUAUUCACCUUGGGGAGGCUAUUACUCUCAAAAAUUUUAUGCGGUGGUGGUUCAUACCGGUGAAUGUGAUUGUAAGUAUUGCGAUUGGUUGUUUGUUGGGGUACCUGGUGACGAAGAUAUGCAGGACGCCACCAGAAUUCAACAGGUUCACAAUUAUUGCAACUGCAUUUGGGAACACGGGCAAUCUGCCCCUUGCGAUUGUUGGAUCGAUUUGUCAUAGCGAGGAUAAUAUUUUUGGUCCAGAUUGCCAUAGUAAUGGUGUGGCUUAUGUAUCUUUCUCCCAGUGGAUUGCGGUGCUUCUUGUUUAUACUCUUGUUUAUCACAUGAUGGAGCCCCCGCUGGACUACUAUGAAGUUGUUGAGGAAGGUCUCGAGAUUCAGGAACAUUUGCCACCUGCGAAUGAUCUGAGUAGACCACUUCUUCUGGAGGCCGAGUGGCCUGGAAUGGAAGAAAACGAAACUGUACAUUGCAAGACGCCAUUCGUUGCAAGGAUUUUUACUAGUGCAGCUAGUAUGUCACAAAUUUCUAUCCCAGAUCCCGAGUUCUUGGAGGAAGCACCUCCAAGUCCGAAAUCAAUUCGAUGUUUGGUGGAGCCACGGGUGGUGAGAAAAAUAAGAAUUGUUGCAGAGCGAACCCCAAUUCAGCACGUCCUCCAGCCCCCAACGUUUGCUACAUUAUUAGCUUUUAUCGUCGGAAUGAUCCCACCGGUCAAAUCCUUUGUUUAUGGUGAUGAUGCGCCUCUUUCCUUCCUCACCGACAGUCUGGAAAUAAUGGCUCAGGCUAUGGUUCCUUCAGUAAUGCUUAUUCUGGGAGGAAUGCUUGCCGAGGGUCCUAAUGAAUCUAGACUUGGCAUUCGCACCACAGUUGGAAUCAUCGUUGCGAGACUCCUGGUGCUCCCGUUGCUGGGAAUCGGGGUGGUUACUUUGGCUGAUAAGGCGAACAUUUUGAUCCCCGACAACCAAAUGUACCGUUUCGUGCUCUUGUUGCAGUACACAACUCCGACUGCCAUCCUGCUGGGAGCAGUGGCUCGACUCAGAAAUUAUUCGGUCAGUGAAGCCUCUGCACUUCUGUUCUGGCAACAUGUGCUCGCGUUGUUGUCUCUAUCGAUAUACCUGAUUGUCUAUUUCAAACUACUGCUGUCUUAAAUUUGAGGUCUGUUUCGACAACAUAUAUAUGGCUCUGAUGUGUUGUUAUCGCCAUAUAAUCGAUUCUUUGUAAUAAUAUUUCUACUACUUGCAGUGUAAUAUUUGUGGGAUGAGUUGCAUUGUCUGUCUGUGUAUUUGAGUCUGAGCUUUUGAUUGAGGAUGAAAGCAUCUGCAUAUCUGCAUAUCUGCAGUAAUCCUUCAAGUUUUUAAGUGCUUUCCUCUAGGAAAUAAAGAGCAGAUGGAAUAUUGGCAA